UACUGCUGGAAAUCACAGAGGACAGAGACAGACAAUCUGAACGCUUUGUCGUGUGAACUUCUUGUCCCUUCCUGUCCUGGCAUUGUGUCAGGUACAGUCAGCGCUCUAUGAUGUGCCAUCCUGGCAGGGUAGUAAAAGGCUGGAUCGUUACACUGCUUCUCCAUGCAUCAGCCUGCGCUGAUGCCCCCCACCCCCUGAAGGAUGACCUCCCUGUGACAGAGCUGUACGUCAGUGUAGGCUCUACGUUCUCCACUGCCUACGGAGGUGUGGAUAAGGACCCGGGGGAGCUAGGGGUGGAGUGGAUGCAUAACGGGACAGUUCUGACCUCAGGAGGAUUCCUGACUCUGCAAAACAUCAGUCUAGAGAAUGGAGGCAUUUACACCUGCCACACUGCCAAUGGCACCGUGGUACAGAAGCUGCACCUGCAACCAGGCUACCCUCCCUCAACUCCUGAAGUUCGCUGUUGGUCUAAUAAUUACCCUCAUAGUGUCAUAUGUUCCUGGGAUGAACAACCAGAACCAACGCUGCCAACAAGCUACAUUGCCACCUACAGCUUGCAACACUCCAGAGAAGUGCUGCCAUGCCAUAGUGUCCCAGGUGCUAACCGCCACUGUGUGAUGCAGGGGAUGAAGCUCUUCAGUAUUGACCACUACAUUUUCAAUGUCACGGCUCUAAACCCGCUGGGCUCCUCUACCCGCCUUCUGCUCUUCACCCUGGAGGAUAUUGUAAAACCAGACCCCCCAGUUAAUGUGAGGGUUGUACCAGGCUUGACUAAGCAGCUGAUCGUAGAAUGGGCUCCACCCCCUACCUGGACUAACCUCCCAUACUUUCCACUCAAAUACAAAGUGAGGUUCUACAGGAACAGUGAGGCCUCCGCACGCAUUCUCGGUCCAUACGAGUCUUUAAAGAUGACUCUGAGGGGGCUUUUACCGCGGAGCACGUACUACAUCCAGAUCUCUGCCCAGGAACUGCUGGACGUGGGCCAGAGCAGCGACUGGACCACACCUAUAACAGCCACAGUAGUUUGACUCUGGCAGAACAGUCAGCCCCCCUUCCAUGCAAGUCUCAUGUCCUCAGAGCUGUUUCCUGCAAGUACUGUGGCACCCAGAACUGUGUGAUUACCUCCCUCAGUUGCCUAAACAUUUACACACUUUCAGAUACAAUUCAUCAUGAAAUUACAAAAAUGAGCAGACCCACGUGACACUAACCAUUGGCACCGGCACCUUUGAGACACAGUGUAAUGAAGGUUCUGAAAUAUACAUCAAACCAACUGAAUAAAUCAUUACAGUGAAUCCUU